AACUUCAACAAAAACAGCUGAAUAUCCCAUCAUUUGCCGCACAUAAUUAGCCACCUGCAUUACUAUUGAAAUAAAACGACAAACGAAAUCCUUAUCCGAGCCCAAUGAGUCGCGCCACGCCGCGUAAGACGCGGCAUCGCCGCCAGCCUUCCAACCUCAUCGCCGCGAUAUCUGAUUACGAGUCGGAUGCGGCCAUGAUGAACCAAAACUACGCUCCCCCUCCGCCCACUCGAACAAACACAGAUCUCAACCUAUCUGUGCUACAGCACUACCUCCCAUCCAUCCACAGCAUUCUCAGCAUCGCCGCCAACGCCGUCAUCUACACAUACGACAACGAGUGGGUGAAGUCGGGCAUCGAGGGAACACUAUUUGUCUGCGCACAAUCCCCUCUCCCUGAAGACCCUGAACAGAGAGCACGUGCAUGCGUCUUCGUGCUCAGCCGUCGCAGCCUGGAUAAUGUCGUCGUUGACUUGGCCAAAGUUAGUCACGUUGAAAUCACCGGCGAGUUCGUCAUUUUGAAGGUGGAUGAAGACUGGGCCAACGGCGAACAAAUCCUGGGUGUUUGGAUUCACAAUGAUAAAGAACAAACAAGAGAAAUCAACGGAGCCAUGAUCCAAGAGAGCUGGAAGGUUGCUAGAUUGGCGACCACUGUUCAAGAGCAAGUGACCGAAGCUGGCCCUGCCACCCAAGCCAUUGGCCGCUCUUUAACUCUGAAUGAGCUGUUUGCAAGCCAGGCCGCCAAAUAAUACAUGUGGUUGUGGGCUAUCGUCUGAAGUUGGGAAAUUGACCCUGGACCAUUGGCAGCUGGCGUUUUGGAGCAUAGGAAAUGCAUUUUGUUUUAGCGGGUCAUCAAAUAUAUUUUUUUCAAACAGUCAUUCACGUCAUUGCU